AUGAAGUGGAUAGCAGUUGCAGUUGGAGUGAUCAGUGUGCUGGUCCACUUUUUGGUUCUUCGCAAGGAGUUUCCUGUGCAUGAUGCCGAUGGUGAGGGGAUCAUCCUAAUCAGUGGGACUUCCUCGGGGAUUGGGCGCGCUGCCUGUGGUUGGUUGGCCGAGAGGCACCCCCGAAUGACACUGUACUGUGGUGUGCGAAGAGAGGUAGAGGGAUCUCCCUUUGACCUGCCAAACGUGAAACAAAUCAUUUUGGAUAUUACCAACAAAGAGCACUAUGGUGUUUUCCAAGAAAUUGCUCAAGCCAAAAAACCUCUGAUUGCUGUUGUCAACAAUGCAGGCAUUAAUGACAUGGAAACAUUUGAAUUGCUGGGUGUGGAGAGGCUACGGACAGUCCUGGAAGUGAAUGUUAUCGGAACUUAUCAACUUACACAGGCAUCAUUGCCAUUAAUUAGGGAAACCAAGGGACGAGUUGUCACAGUCAGCUCCGUCUCAGGUUUGUUUCCAGGCGCGCCCCUGAUUUCAGCCUACCAAGGCUCCAAACAUUGCCUGGAGGCCAUGUUUGAUUCUUUGCGGGCAGAACUGACACCAUUGGAUGUUUCUGUGAGUUUGAUUAAUCCUGGGUUUUUGGAGAGCAGUAUUGUUACAUCCAGGAAGGACACCACAGACAAUACACAUGAUGACAAUCACCAAGAAGUAGUGAAGAUCUAUUCUCAUGUUACGAGUGAAUCGUACAGGAGCAUGGUAGAUGAACUUGCAAGUGCUACUGGAAGCAUGGAAGAAACGUGUCUCAGCAUUGAUGACGCCAUUUUCUCCAGAUAUCCAAAAACUCGUUAUAUGACAUCAAGACUUGGAGCCAUCCCAUCAUGGAUUGCUGGCAGAGUUUUCAAUGCCUUGCCAAGUCGCCUUACCGACAUUCUCUCACUACGCUUGGAGCCAGUUGUCUACUUGACACGCAUCCGAGCGUUGCUUCAGCAGCUGCUAGGGUUUCGUUAG